GUUUUGCGGCGGCUACUCCUCUCUCUCUCUCUGCUUCUUGAUUUUCCGAUCAACGUAAACCUAAAUCUAUCGAUUACUUGAGAGGAUUUCUGAUAUUUUCUGGUGCUUUAAUCAUGGCGUAUUGCCGACAACGAGAUUUUAUGUUCUGUGAGAUGUGUGGAACAAUGUUAUCAUUCAAUACAGUCAAGUAUGCACGAUGCCCACUUUGCAAAUUUAAGAGAAAUUUGAAAGAGAUUUCUGGGAAGGAAAUACGUUACUCUAUUUCUGUUGCGGACAUAAGGAGAGAGCUGGGAAUAUCUACAUUGGAAAUCCACGAGGAGCAAAAGCAACAAAUUGAUUACAGUAAAAAAUGUCCUAAAUGCAACAAUGAAGGAAUGGGUUUUAAAAGUAUACAGACUAGAUCUGCUGAUGAAGGAGAAACCCAAUUUUAUAACUGCGCAAAAUGUGGUUAUAGUUACAAGGAGAACUCCUAAAGAAACUAUAGACCAAUUUCUGAGAUUUCCGGUAGAUCAUAAUUUGUAACAAUUUAUUAAUCAAAUUAUUGUUAUCGAAUUUCCAAUGACAUAAUGAUGUUUGGAGACUUGUACCAUGUUUUUCUUCUACCAGUUUUUGUUAUUUUGUGGUGUUUGUUG